UGACACCUGGAUGAUGGUCUUGAAGCAGCGACGUAGUCUCUGUCUGGAUGCUGCAAACUUGGAGGUGGAGGAGGUGUGGCAAAAAAGAGAGAUGAGGAACAAGAGGAGAGCGCUGUUGUUCCGUCACAACUCAGCGUGUCCGGCUCAGUCAGUGUAUUGUUGAAAACGGGAGGGUCGGGCUACAUUCCGCAUUAGUUGCAGAAGUAGUGCCAUCAUUGAGGAACUUGGCCGCAAAGUUUCGUCGGGAUUGAUUCGUUUUAUGAGAGCUGAAGGGGCGAGCGAAUGGAGAAGCACAAAGUGCUGGACCAGCUCCUGAUGGAGCUCCACCGCUUCUUGGUCAUCUUGGACAAGGAGACGCUGAGUGGGAACGCCACCGUCCAGAAGGGUUUGCUGUCUGAUCUCCUCCAGUCCUACAGGGCUUCGACUGGUGCUGAUGAGGAGUAUAUCUACAUGAACAAAGUCGUUCCGGGAAAAGAAAAAAAUGGUAAAGAUGACAGAUUAGAUGCCCUGCUCAAUGGAAAAGCAGCAAAACGUGUCCCCGUCCCACAAAAGAACCUUCCCGACCUGCCACCCCCCAGAACAGGUGUGGUGUGUCGGGAACCGUUCCCUUUGCCUCCAGUACCAGCUCCAGCCUGUGCAGACGCUUCAGAGAGUUACUAUGAGGAGGCUCAACCCUAUGAGGAAACUGUCAAUGAUGAUGGAGAGGCGGUAAGCAGCUCAUAUGAGUCCUACGAUGAGGAGGAAGUGACCAGAGAGAAGUCGUCAUCAGCUCAGCACCAGUGGCCAUCAGCAGAGGCGUCUAUUGAGCUGAUGAAAGAUGCUCGCAUCUGCGCUUUCCUGUGGAGGAAGAAAUGGCUUGGCCAGUGGGCCAAACAGCUUUGCGUUAUCAAAGACCAUCAUCUGCUGUGCUAUAAAAGCUCCAAGGAGCAGACACCUCUGCUGGAUGUGAGUCUGCUGGGCUGCAGUGUUGUUUACAAAGAGAAGCAGUUAAAGAGGAAAGAGCACAAGCUGAAGAUUAUUCCAGUGGGUGGGGAGACCAUUGUCCUGGGCUUGCAGAGCAAAGAACAGGCUGAGCAGUGGCUGAAGGUUAUUCAAGAGAUCAGUCCCAAGCCAGCUGAUAGCUGUGACCCCCAACACACUGUGUCUGACUCCCCAAGGCUUAUUUGUACUAAGGGAGAGCUGAGUGAGAGAUACUCUGUGGCUUCAGAGAGCGGCAGCAGCACAGACAGCCAUGCUGAAACGCCAGAAAGCAAAGAUGUGAAGAAAAAAUAUGGAGCAGGUUUAAUGUUCAGCAACCUGAUGAACAUCGGCAAGAAAAAACCCUCCGCACUCGAGAGCCCAGAGAAAUGUGUCGACACCUCAGGCUACCUCAAUGUACUGGUGAACAGUCAGUGGCGGACCUGCUGGUGUCUUAUAAAGAAUGGACAGCUGUGGUUUUACCAAGACAAGGGCAAGAACAAAGUAACCCAACCUGCUGUGUCUCUAGAGGGCUGCAAUGUUUUGCCUGACCCCAGCCCAGAGCACCUAUACUCCUUUCGGAUUGACAUGGAUGGCACACAGAUGGCAACUCUAGAGGCUAAGACAUCAGCAGAUAUGGGCCACUGGCUGGGACUCUUGCUGUCACAGACGGGAAGCAAAACAGAUCCAGAGGAGCUGACAUACGACUAUGUCAAUGCUGAGAGGAUCUCCACUAUUGUCAAUGCUGCGAGGACUUCCUUAUACUUGAUGCAGAGGAGGUAUUCAGAGCCAAACACCUACAUAGACACCCUACCUUCUAUUUCUCACAACUCUGAUGAUCUGUACGAUGAUGUGGCCUCUAUAGCUGACCCAGAGGAUGCUGAGGAGAAUAGCCAGACAAACUGCGAGGGCAACAAUCUCCAGAAAGACAAUGAAACAUGCUCACAAGACAAUACCAAGGGCCCACAGGGUACAGAACAAGACUCUGAAAACAGGAUUUACCUAGACCUCGUCCCUGUGCGCUCUUUCCUUCAUACAUCCUCUGGAGGGAAACUUUCCCCUAAAGAAGCUUCGAGACAUUCCCUAAUACCAGCAGAUGACAAGAAGGACUCCUCUUCUCAAGUUAAAGAGGGGACGUCGACUAACAAUACUGAGCCAGAUUCAAUGCCCGCAUUAAAUGGGACAAACUUAGCCUCUGCUACCAGCAAACCAGAAGAAGAACGAGCCCAGACUCCCACUCCAUCACAGCCACAAACUCAACCAGUCAAGACCUCAACCCAGAGCCAAGAGACCACUAAGAAGACCAGCCUGGGAAUCACACAGGCCUUCAAUUCCUUUGGUGGACAAAUCCACAAGGGUCCAACAUCUCACACUGCUGCUGUGCAUCCUCACAGCCCACAACCUGCAAGGCCCAAGGCACAUACUAUAGGAUGCCCCGGUGCAGUUGAGAUAAAGCUGGGCAAGAACCGCACAGAGGCAGACAUGCGGCGUUACAUCGAGGAGCGUGAUCGCCUGGAGAAAGAGAGGGAGGAGGUGAAAAUCAGUCUGGCAAACCUCAAGAAAGAGAAGAGGGAAACCAAAGAGGAGCUCAGCACCUGCCAAGAUCCCAAGCAGCAGGCCUCAUUGGAAGCCCGUCUGAAGCAGAAGGAGGAGGCGUGCCGAGAGGCAGAGCAGCACAGGGUGGAGGUGGAGCUACAGUUGGUAGAAGUGAAGGAAAGUCUGAAGAAAGUGGAGUCAGGGCCCUUCACGCUGGGAACCACACUGGACAGCAGCCUCCAGGACACGCCGAUGCCUAAAGCAUCAACGAUAGGCUCUCCCCAGGUAUCGUCAUCGUCAUCGUCGUUAUUGUCACCAUCAUCUUCUUCCCAACCCUCCAGCAGCAACGUUAACGCAGAUUCAGUUUCCCCGGUCAAUUCUGCGUCUGCUCUUAAAGGCAGACCCACCUCCAUGAUGACCACAAAAGGCAACGUCCUACAGAAAGCUAAGGAAUGGGAAAAGAAAUCAACAACCUAAGGAAAUCUUCAUUGACCUCUGAAAUUCAGAAGUUUAUGUUGGUCUAGUCGCCCGUCACCACAUUCUGACCCACCGAAUGAGCAGACAUUUUAAUCAAGAACCUCCCUUCCCUUGGCCCUUCAACCAAACCAUCACUUUGUCAAGACUAUAAUGAGCCACAGAGGCACACUUCGUGUUCUUGGAUACCACUGGAUUUAAUCUUAAAUUCAAUGACUGUUUAAAGUUUGUUUCUAUUUGCAAAGGGAGGAAAGUGAUGAAGUAGCAUUUUGGCCAGUGUAAGAAAUGCAUUAAUGCUACGUUUAAACUUUGAAACGUUGAAAUUAAAAACCACUGAAGAACGAGACAGAGGCCCCCUUACUAAAUCAGCCGCUCUGUACACAGAUUGUAGCUUGGUUCAUAUAUGCUGGUAGCCAAGAUGUAAAUAUAUUUACACCAUUAUUCAGCCUUUGGGCUUGUAUUGCUAGCUAAAAAUGCACUUUUUAUUCAAAUAAAAAUAUACUGACAAAAAUAUGGGUUGAUUUUUUUUUUUU